UGUCACUCAAGGGGAAGGCUGUUGAGUGUGAGCAGUUUUUUCUGCUUUCCGUCGAUGGUUUGUUGGUGGUAUUGUUGUAGUGACAAAAAGUCAGGUUUUAGCGCGGCUGCAAGCGUCUUGUCUGUGUGUCGGUGGUUGAAGCGGGUGACUUAAUAGUAGGAGAUUUUUGAGGGUUCUGAUUACUAUUUCCAAUCUUCGGAUUUUUUUCCACCCUCACCGGACCCCAACAGAGCUCGCUGAAAGUUGCCACUAUCAGUAGCAGAGACAUACUUUGUGCAAGACCGCCUUUCCGCUUUCUGCAACCUGGUGUCGAUAGCGCUCGAAAAGAGCUAUAGAGUGCCUUAUACCCUGCCACUUUCCUUUCGGCCUUUUUCUCCAAAGAUACCUCGACCUGCAUGUCCCUGUCGCUGCCAGCCAAUCUCCAAAGCAUCUUCCGCACCAUCAGCGGCAGCGUUUUGGCCUCGAACCAGCAACAGACAAACCAGCAACAACCAGCUCGCCAGCAGCAGCCGACCAGUUCGUCGUCAAACACGUCAAUGCCCUACGGUACCCCAUCUCAGCCGUCGUUGGCAAGCGUGACGAUUUCUCCUCGUCAGAGCGAAUCGGAUAUGCAGGUUGACGAUUAUCAUCACGAUCACCACGGACAUCAUCACCAUCACCACCACCACGAUCAUGACCACGACGGUGAAUGGGACGAAGAAGGAGACUACGACGGGAGCGAUGUAAUGGAUGAUGGCGAUGACGGUGAUGAUGGACAAUCCGGCGGUGCUGGGGACGGCCACGGGAGCGAACAGAGUACCGAGGAUAAGGAGCAAGAAGCAAAACUUCACCAACAUCAAACUGACUUGCGUAAAAGAAUUAUGAUGAUCCAACAAGACAAUUCCAUUCCACCUGCAGACAAAGCGAGACGUAUUCAGGAACUGAUGACCCAAGGCUGGUCGCAAAAGCAGCAAUCGCGUUCGACUGUCAACACCAGGGUUACCAAUCGUCUCGAGAACCGCCGUUCAAACUUUAAUGAACUAACAGAUGCCGACAGGCAACCUACAUACCAUGACAAAGCCAAUGGCAUACUCGGAUGCAAGCAUUAUCAAAGAGCGGCGAAGCUUCAAGCUCACUGCUGUGGAAAAUGGGAUACCUGCCGAUUUUGCCAUGACGAGGUCAGUGACCAUAAUAUUGUGAGAAAUUUGAUCACAACCAUGAUGUGCAUGUACUGCUCCACUGUACAACCCGCUGGACAAGAUUGUAUCAACGAAAAAUGUGGCCGGCGGGUAGCCAAAUACUAUUGUAAAGAAUGCAAGCUCUGGGACAGCGACCCUCGCAAGAACAUUUAUCACUGUUACGACUGCGGUAUCUGUCGUAUCGGGAAGGGGCUUGGCAUUGACUAUUUCCACUGCAAAAAAUGCAACGUGUGCAUGGCCAUCAGCUUGAAAGGACGACAUAAGUGCAUUGAAAGGAAUCUGGAGAGUGACUGUCCUAUAUGUGGAGAGUACAUGUUCACCAGCACAACGACAGUUAUUUUCAUGCCAUGUGGUCAUUGCAUUCACUACAAGUGCCACCAGGACUACAUCCAGACUUCCUACCAAUGCCCGACGUGCCUCAAGUCUCUCGCUGAUAUGAGCGACUAUUUCCGUCGCAUCGAUAUUGCUCUAGCUCAGCAGCAGAUGCCACCAGAGUACGCCGAUCUUUUGAACCAGAUCUACUGCAACGACUGCGAGAAGAAGUGUUACGCAAAGUUCCACUUUAUGUACCACAAGUGCGUAACAUGCAAAGGAUACAAUACCAAAGUACUCCACACGGUCGACACGAGCCAGGUACCGCCGGACCAGCUUAAGCUAGUUCUGGCGUUGAAUGAGACUGCUGGGGGUUCGUCACCAGCCAGCCCGACAACGGCGGUAAACCCCGAACCGCCGGAGGUGACGCAAGAAGAGUCGACCAGAAGGGCUAGUGUCGGGGGUCGGAGCUCUACUAGUAGGAGAGCGAGUAUGGUACAGCGAGGGGUCACAUAUUUUUGCCAUCAAUGUCAGGCUGCAACCAAUCCCGUCAUGGUGGCUGGCACGCAAAGGUGCGGGACUUGCGAUUCGGACUUUCUGGAGCAGCUCUAAGGGAUUGGAACAGUUGGAAGACUUGAAACUAGUGAAGGGACGGUUUAGAUAGAAGAAAUAUCGUCAUGCAAACACUCCCUUGAGUAAUUGGCGGACAUGUGUGACAGGAAUGUGUAGGUUCCAAUAAAAGCCAACUAACUCCAGUCCAGAGGUGCCUAGUGAUGAAACUGACCAAGUCUGCAUGAACACAUUUGUUGGGGCUCGAUCCUUCAAUGGUUGAUAGCGAUUCUAUUGUACUCAUCUAUU